AUGAAAAUUAAUUUUGCCCCCAUGGCUAUACCCCUCCACAGGAGACUGCAGACUGCCAUGGUGCUGCAGUGGGUCUUCACCUUCCUUGGUCUGGCACCCACCUGCAUCUUCCUGUUCUUUUACCUGAUGUUCACUCGCUACUGGCUGAUCAGCGUGCUGUAUGCUGUCUGGUGGUACUUUGAUUAUGACACUCCUGCACGUGGAGGCAACAGGUCGCCCUUCCUGUGCAGCCUCAAAGUUUGGGAAUACAUGCGUGAUUACUUUCCCAUCAAGUUGGUGAAGACGGCUGACUUAGAUCCCAGGCAUAACUACAUCCUUGGCUUCCAUCCCCAUGGUGUGCUGGUGGCAGGAGCCUUUACCAACUUCUGCACCUAUUCGACAGGCUUCAGACAGCUGUUUCCAGGCAUCACCAGCUACCUGCUCAUGUUGCCACUUUGGUUCAGAGCUCCAUUCUUCAGAGACUACAUCAUGUGUGGAGGCCUGAUUCCUUCAGACAAAGAGAGUGCCACUUAUCCACUCUGCAAAAAGAAAGGUGGAAAUGCUAUUGUGAUAGCUGUUGGAGGGGCACCAGAGGCCCUUGAUGCCCACCCAGGCACUUUCAAUGUACUCUUGGCCCAUAAAAAAGGCUUCAUCAAAAUGGCCAUGGAGUAUGGAGCUCAUCUGGUACCAGUCUUCUCUUUUGGGGAGAAUGAAGUGUAUGACCAGGUGGAAAACCCGAGGGGAACCUGGCUUCGAUGGUUGCAGGAAAACCUGCAAAAGAUCAUGGGUGUCUCUCUUCCUCUCUUCCAUGCACGAGGCAUUUUCCAGUACUCCUUCGGCCUUAUGCCCUACAGAAAACCUAUCAACACAGUAGUUGGGCGGCCAAUCAAAGUGGAGAAGAAAGCAAAGCCAACUGCCGAGGAACUUGAUGCCCUCCACCAGCUGUACAUGGAUGAACUCAGCAAUCUGUUUGAGGAGCACAAAGGCAACUAUGGAGUGGACAAAGACACACACCUGAACUUUGUCUAA